AUGUUCGCAGUUAUUCUACCUGGGUGUAUUCUUGGUGGCUUGAUCGGAGAUGACCCUCCUAAUGUGACAUGCCCUGACCUGUGCCACUGCACUUCUGAUGAUGACAUUUCCUGCACUAAGCUGGGAUUCAAAAAACUUCCUCAUGAUUUACCUGCUUCAACCAUUUCACUGAACCUAGAAGGCAAUUAUUUACGAAUCCUGAUGUUUAACGAAUUCAAGAAUGUCCCUUCUCUUCAAGUCCUUUGGGUAAGCCAAAAUAAUCUAACCUUUCUGUAUCCUGGAGCAUUUAUUUCACUUAGCAAUUUAAGAGAGUUGAAUCUUAGAAAGAAUUCAAGAUUGACCUACCUCCAUGCUCACACUUUCAGAGGCCUGUUAAAUCUCAUUUCGUUGGACAUCUCCCAUUGCAACAUCUUCGAAAUCCACCCUCUUGUGUUUUCACAUUUAGUAUCUUUAGAAGCUCUUGAGUUAGGCUUCAAUAAAAUUCAUUAUAUUCCGGAAGCUUUGAGGAAACUCCGCAAUGUGACAAAGUUAUCUCUGGAAAACAAUCUGAUAGAAGCCAUUGGGAAAAAUUCUUUCAAAUAUCAGCAAGCUUUGGAAGAUCUUAGUUUACGACGGAAUCGGAUUUGGGUGAUUGAAAGUGAUGCCUUCGACCAACUAAACAAAUUGAAUGUUCUAAAUUUAGGACAUAACUCACUAUCUUAUUUGCCUAAUCAGAUUUUUAGAAGCUUACGCCAGCUAAGGAUUAUGUAUCUAGAAGCUAACAAGAUCUCUACAAUCAACUGCUCGUUUAACAGUCUUGUUAACUUGAAAAAAUUACAUUUGAAUAACAACCGCAUAACGAGCAUCACACAAAAUGCGUUUUCUUCUUUAAAUCAACUUCAAAUGCUUCACCUGAGCAAAAAUAACUUAACCUUCAUUCCCAGCUAUUUGUUUUCAAACAUGCCCAAACUGAAACACGUUUUCGUUUCUUCUAAUCCUUGGAGCUGUGACUGCAGAAUGUCUUGGACUGCAAAUUGGAUGCUAACAUACACUGGGGCAAUCCAUGGCUUACAUUGUGUCUUCGCAUUGUCAUACGCAACAACCUCUGAUGUGUUUACACAAAAUGGAAUUUUGUGUUCUCAAGAAAAAGGCACGGAUGACAGAUGUAUAGAAAUCUCCACCGAUGCUUCUCCUAAAUUAAUGGAUCAUUUUAAUAUUUUUCUAUUAAUUUUAUUUUUAUUCAAUCACUGUUGA